CCUUUUGUUUUACCAGUGGUACGAAUCCGACGAACCCGCUGUCGUCGCCUCCACAAUCAACCUCCGUUUCUCAAUCGCUUCUACACAACAAAAUCAUCGGACCGUCAUGUUUGACCGCCGGCGACAGCAACAACGAAGAUGAUUCGAUGUUUCAGCUGGUGAAAAAUGCCGGCAUGUGUCCUCUUUUACCUACAGAUUGUCCACCGAUUUUCAUCUGAUUUACAUGGCCUUUUCAAGGUUGUUAGCAGUUUCCAGCAUUAGAAGGGUAGCAAAUUCCCUUCUUCCAAUUAAAGCUAAUAAUUAUACACUCCAAUUAACAGUUGCCUUUCGCCACUCCUAUAGACUCUAUUCACAACAUAAGGCUCUCAACAAAGGCCUUUCUUGUUAUGAAGCAAAGAAAAGUUUAUGGAGUUGUAGAAAUUUUCAAAGAUUCUAUUUCAUAUCAGCAGGUAGUAAAGUCUCACACCAUGCUCAAAUUGCAUGGAAAAGGUUUUCCCAAAUCUAUACCUACAAUUUGCCAAUCCAACCAAUGAAUAGAAUCACAUGUGCUAUAAGCUUUGCUUUAAGUAGAUCCCAACUCAUUGCUCCUGGAAUUUUAGCCUUUUUAGUAGGAGAACUCACAUGGAAACAAAAAACAUUAGCAGAAGCAGAAGGGUUUUACAAAAAUGAUCUUUUCACUUUCACACAAGAUGGACAUGUUUACUUAACCUCAUUCAUCUUCUCUCUUAUAGAACUCAUAAUCUUAUGUCUUAGAGCAAUAUACUUAGCUUUCCUCUUCACACCAUGCAUAGCCAUGGCUCCUUUUGCUGAUUCCUUUGGACCUAAAUUUCGUCUGACAUGGCUACAAUGUGUCCACCACACUUUAGAAAAAGCGGGACCUGCGUUCAUCAAAUGGGGUCAAUGGGCUGCUUCAAGACCCGAUCUUUUCCCUAAUGAUCUUUGCAUAAAGCUCACAGAACUUCAAACAAAUGCUCCAGCUCAUAGCUAUGCACACACAAAGAACACUAUUGAAAAAGCAUUCGGGCGUCGAUUAUUUGAAAUAUUUGAAAAUUUUGAGGAAGAUCCGGUAGCUUCUGGAAGCAUAGCACAAGUUCAUAGAGCAACCUUAAAGUUUCGCCACCCUGGACAAAAAAUCAAACCCAUUCUUGUUGCUGUUAAAGUUAGACAUCCAGGAGUUAGUGAAAGAAUCAGAAGGGAUUUCAUAAUUUUAAAUUUGUUUGCAAAAGUGUCAUCUUUUCUCCCGAAUUUAAAGUGGUUAAGACUCGAUGAAAGUAUACAACAGUUUGCUGUUUUUAUGAUGUCACAAGUUGAUCUUGCAAGAGAAGCUGCUCAUUUAAGUCGAUUUAUUUACAAUUUCAGAAGAUGGAAAGAUGUGUCAUUUCCUAGACCUUUGUAUCCACUUGUGCAUCCUGCUAUUUUGGUGGAAACUUUUGAACAUGGUGAAAAUAUAUUGCAUUAUGUUGAUGCACUUGAUGGAAAUGUUGGAAUUAAAACUGGGCUUGCUCAUAUUGGAACUCAUGCUCUUCUCAAGAUGCUUUUGGUUGACAACUUUAUCCAUGCAGACAUGCAUCCUGGGAAUAUUCUAGUAAGGGUAACUCAGGGAAAAGCAUCAGAUACUGGGCUUUUUAAAUCUAAGCCUCAUGUAAUUUUCCUUGAUGUGGAUGGACGUGCUGCUGCAGAACACACACUUAAAUUUUCAAAACAUCAAAACUGCCCGAAUCCCACAGCUUUCAUUAAGGAUGUUGAGAAAUCGUUUAUGUCAUGGAGUUGUGGGGAGGGUGAGUUGUUAAAUCCUGCACAAUGCAUGCAACAGUUGCUUGAGCAAGUUAGGAGGCAUAGAGUUAAUAUUGAUGGGAAUGUUUGCACUGUGAUUGUCACCACUUUAGUUUUGGAGAGUUGGCAGAGGAAACUUGAUCCGGAGUAUGAUGUGAUGAACACAUUGCAAAAUAUUUUAUUUAAAACAGAUUUGGUGGAGUCUCUUUUCUAUACAAUCGAAGGCCUAAUGGCUCCAUAAAAAAAGGUGCAAUCCCUCACCAUAAAAAGAUUCAUGUCAUUUUUGUUCUUUUUGAAUUCUAGAAUGUAAUAAUAAUCCUCAUGAAUUAAAAAACAAAAACAAAAACAAAGUACUACAUGAUCUUGUUAUAUUGUAAGAAACAAUAAAUAAAAAUACACGUCGCAUGAAAAUUCAUCAGAAAAGAAGUCA